UGGAGUUGAGCCUACCUUAGACAUUGUUCCCUCCUUGUCUCUCUAACUCAAGUGGUUUUGUUGGAGGAGGAAGGGUGAGAUAGGAUGGGGAGGAAGCCUUGUUGUGAGAAGGUGGGAUUGAAGAAGGGACCAUGGACAGCGGAGGAGGACAAGAAGCUUAUCGACUUCAUUCUCACCCAAGGACUGUGCUGUUGGAGAGCUGUACCCAAGCUUGCAGGAUUGCUGAGGUGUGGCAAGAGUUGCAGACUAAGGUGGACAAACUAUCUCAGGCCUGACCUCAGGAGGGGAUUUCUAUCAGAAGAUGAGGAAAAACUGGUCAUUGAGCUCCACUCUCAGCUUGGGAACAGAUGGUCUAAGAUUGCAUCUCAACUCCCUGGGAGAACAGAUAAUGAGAUAAAGAACAUCUGGAACUCCCGUAUCAAGAAAGAGCUGAGGAAGAUGGGCAUUGAUCCCCUUACUCACAAGCCCAUCAGCCCUACAACAGAGGAGCUGCACCGCCACCAGCAGAAGGAGCAGCAACGACGGUGCAUGGAUGUGUCGUGUGAUGGAGAUGAGCAAACUGAGUCGGAUUACUCGAUGGGUUCCUCAAAGACGGCUGAAGAGGAGGCAAAAGAGAAGAGCACAGCAAGUCCUCGUGAUCCUGCAGCUGAUGAAUCCCUCAGCAACUGCCCCGAGUUCUGCACCGAUGAGGUGCCGAUGCUACAGCCGCAUGAGAUACUGAUCCCAUGUGAUUCUUCUGCUUGCUCUUCCUCGUGUUCUUCUGCUUCAUCGUCGUCAAGCUCUUUCCCACGCAUGGAGCUGCCCGAAUCAAUGCACCUAUGGGGUUCCAUCGAUCAAGAAUUGACUUGGAAAUCAUAUCAGGAGGACUGGAAGUACGAUGUGUUCUGCUUCGAUUGUUAAUGGUUCUUGUAAUUUGACAACAAACUAGACGUUGAAUGAGAAAGAUAAUUGCUUUUCUUAGCUCA